AUGCAUCACAACCGCCGAAAAUCCGGCCACGGCCACAACAGCUCCUCCACGACGGACGUUCGCCGGGCCGUCACAGCAACCGACCCCUCGGCAAGGCACAAAAGACCUAGCAUGACCAGGCGCCAUACACCUGUCGCGGCUCAGAAGCAAAGCCGCAGCCACCGUGACCGUGACCGUGACCGUGACCCCUACGACGCUUGGGACGACGAGAGAGAAAGCUUCCCGCAAUUCUGCAUGACUUGCGAGAAACAAUUUGUUCCUCAUGAUGACAAACACCUCUACUGCUCCGAGUCUUGCCGACGUGUCGAUCAGAGCUCAACCUGCAAGUCGCAGUCGCAGGCGUGCAAAUCCGCUCUCGGCAACCACCACCCAUACCACACAUACUACACGACGGAGAGUUUGGAACCUCGCGACAUUAUCCCUCGAGCCUCGCCAUCUCGUCCCAACUCGAUCCACUUCAGCCAGUCGCCGCCCGAGUCGCCGGGGACGCUAUCGACGAAUCACCACUCUCUCGCUCUCUCCGCUCUCCGAUCUCUCACCAUCGGCCCGCCAAGUCCACCGUCGCCCACAGCAAGCAACGGCAGCGGCAUCUGGCCGUUCAGCCGGAGCGCGGCCACCAGCCCCGCCGGGUCCUACCCGCGGCCCUGGGGGGCUUGCAUGUCGUCAACGUACGACGCUGGCCAUUACCAAUACGCCACGGGUGCUUACACCCACGACUCGGGCUCCGCCGGCUUGGAUCGGCCAUUGCCGAUCCGCCAUCCGGGGGCCUCUUCACGACCCAAAAGCAUCGAAUUAGUGACUCCGGUAUUGAGGCGGUAG